GCUGGACUCAGAGGACGGCGAUGGCGCCUGGUGCCCUGAGAUCCCGGUAGAGCCUGAUGACCUGAAGGAAUUCCUGCAGAUCGACCUACGUGCCCUCCACUUCAUCACACUGGUGGGCACCCAGGGACGCCACGCUGGGGGCCACGGCAAUGAAUUUGCUCCCAUGUAUAAGAUCAACUACAGCCGGGAUGGGACCCGCUGGGUGCUGGAUGGAAACACUAACCCCUACGACAUCGUCCUCAAGGACCUGGAGCCACCCCUCAUCGCCCGCUUUGUCCGCUUCAUCCCUGUCACAGACCACUCCAUGAACGUCUGCCUGCGCGUGGAGCUGUACGGCUGCGUCUGGCUAGUCAUCUACCUGAACGACUCAGUGUAUGACGGAGCAUUUGGGUACAGCAUGACAGAGGGCCUGGGCCAGCUGACGGGCGGGGUGUCGGGGCUGGACGACUUCACGCAGACCCACGAGUCCCACGUCUGGCCGGGCUACGACUAUGUCGGCUGGCGCAAUGAGAGCACUGCCGGCGGCUACGUGGAGAUCACCUUCGAGUUUGACCGCAUCAGGAACUUCACUGCCAUGAAG